AUGCUUCGCCGUACGUUGCCUUUUGCGUUUGCCUUCGUUAAGUCACCCCCUGCGGUGAAUGAGCGAAUGGAUUCGUUUCAACCGGGUUCGGACUCUGCUCGUGGAACGUUGGAAGCGUGUAAGCGCCUGCGUUGUGGUGCUACUGAUUGCCCAAUAGUUAUUGGUGGGAAGGAAUACCGCACUGAUAACGCCAUCAACCGCAUGAUUCCAUCUAGUCACCAACAGCAGGUUGCGAAGGGGUAUAACGCAACACCGGAGUUGGCACAAAAGGCUAUUGACACAGCACUGGGUGCCGCCAAGGAGUGGAGUCAGAUGCCCUUUAAAGAUCGGGCGGCAAUAUUUCUGCACGCGGCACAUCUUAUCUCGACGAAAUAUCGUCACGAAUUGCGUGCAGCCACGAUGCUCGGGCAGAGCAAGAAUCCCUUCCAGGCAGAAAUUGAUGUGAUUGCUGAAUCGUGCGACUUCCUUCGAUUUUCGGUGAAGUACGCCGAGGAGUUGUACAAUCAGCAGCCGAUCUCUCCCGCAAGUGGUCCGGUUUGGAACGCUCUUGAUUACCGACCACUUGAGGGGUUCGUAUCCGUCAUUGCGCCCUUUAACUUUUCGGCAAUUGCAGCGAACCUUGUGGCAUGCCCCGCACUAAUGGGAAAUGUGAUCUUAUGGAAGCCCUCACCCAAUGCUGUGCUUUCAAACUAUCUUUUGUACAAGGUGUUUGAGGAGGCGGGGCUUCCCGCGGGCGUGGUGAACUUCAUGCCAUGUGAACCAAAGGUAAUGACUGAGGUUGUUAAUUCUCAUCCCGAGCUUGCUGGCGUCGCCUUUACUGGCUCCACGAACGUCUUCCUCUCUAUCAACAAACAGAUCUACUCCCGCUUGGAGGAGUACCGCAACAUCCCGCGCAUCAGCGGCGAAACAGGUGGAAAGGACUUUCACCUCAUCCACCCGACGGCUGAUAUGAAAAUGACAGCUGCUCUGACGGUGCGCGGCGCGUUUGAGUAUCAGGGUCAGAAAUGUAGCGCCACAUCACGGAUUUACGUGCCGCAGAGUCGGUGGGAGGAGCUAAAGGGGUACUUGUUGGAACUGCAUGGGAAGCUGAAGAUGGGCCAACCCGAUGACUUCCAGAGUUUCAUGUGCGCUGUUAUCGAUGAGACUGCAUUCGACCGAAACAAGAAGUACAUUGACAUUGCCAAGGCGGAUUCCAGUGCCUACACCAUCAUUGCUGGUGGUGGCUGUGAUAAGUCGGAGGGGUGGUUUAUUCAACCUACCAUUAUUGUGGCUAAGGACCCCAACGCACAGCUUCUGCGUGAGGAGAUCUUUGGACCCAUACUAACAGUGCAUGUGUAUGAUGACAGCAAGCCAGAUUUCUGGUCAGAGGCAUGCAACCUUGUAAACAACGCAACAAAGUAUGCUCUAACCGGCAGCAUUUUUGCGCAGGACCGCAAGGCGAUACGCGAUGCGACGGAAAAACAUUUGCGCUACGCUGCUGGCAAUUAUUAUAUCAACGACAAGUGUACGGGGGCGGUUGUCGGGCAACAGCCAUUUGGAGGCGCGCGUGCAAGCGGUUCCAACGACAAACCGGGAAGUGCUCUCUUUUUAACGCGGUGGGUGUCGGCGCGGACCAUAAAGGAGAAUUUUGACCACAGUGCCCAAGUUUCUUACCCUCAUCAGCUACCCGACUACGUGACUCUGUGA